CACGUUCUUCAUCUCAAUCCACCACCACCACUCCCCAGGGAACAGAAUUUAUCACUGUUCUAACAGUACCUUCUACCAUCACCAUUCCCCCAGCUGUGUCUGAAUUCACCGCCACCAUUUUGCAAGUAAAUGUGCACAAGCCCACCACCACUCCAUUAACAACAGAAUCAACUGUUUCUCCCCAAGCAAGUGAAACCACCAUGACCCCAUUUGUGUCCUCCACCACCUUGUCUGUGUCCAAAUCGACUACUGCUUCUAUCAUAACAGAUUCCAGUAGCAAUCUGCCUGCGCUUGAAUCUACCGAUUUUGCCCAAGCUACAGAAUCUGUGACCCUUACCCAAGUAGCAGAUUCCACAAGCACACUGUCUAUAUCCACAACUAUUCCUGUUGCAAAGGAGUCCAUUGCCACCCUUCAGCCAUCAACAGAAUCCAGAACCUCUCCGCACACUGCAACAAUAUCUGCAGCUAUUCCCCAGGCAAAAAAAUCCACCACCAUUCAUGGUAUAAAUCGACCAAGCAACAGUACCCCUGCAACAGCAUCUACCAUGCCACAAACAAACAAAUCCACCACCACCUCAGAAGUUAGGAAAUCUUCUACCACUCUGCUCACAGCUCGGCCUACAACCACAUCAUCAUCAUCAUCAUUGCCAAAUACAUCUUCAUCAGGACAAGGCAAGUUCACCAUUGUAAAUCUUCAGGUCUCAGUUCUUGUUUCACAGCAGAUCAGUAAUGAAGUUGAAGCAGCCAUUUUACAAAAGGUUCAAGAAUGGUUAUCCCGUGUCAGCCCUACUGUUACUGUUAAAAAAAGAUCGGCAAGACAAGUGUGAGCAGGUGCGCAGACACCACUGAAACUAAAAGCAGCGCUUCUUUCUGCUUCACUCUUAGAAGUGAGUUAGUUCAAUGGAAGCCUGCAGGAAAGACUUGAUCGUGCUGCCAUCACUUGCACUUACAAAGCAGAAAUUCUGAGCUAACAGGACCUCUUUAUUGACUCUUUGCUUACCCCAGACACACCUCCAGUAUGAACUACAUGCUCUUGGUUAUCAACGCAAACAUUCUUGGUCCAGCUUAGCAACUACUCAGUGAUACAUCAUAACAUUCAUUGGCUACAGAGGACAUUUUUAUAAAUAACAAAUCCAGCCAUGCACAAUUUAUCAAUAUGUAGCAAAUGAGAAUGACC